UCAUUAUUAUUCUCUUUCUUCAAUUCUUCCAACACACGGAAGAACGUCAGGUAAAUAAACAGUUCAAUUUGGGUCGGAGCUGCUUUACAUAGAUAACCAAAUGAUCACCUAAAAACACUUGACAACUUUCUUUUCUGAUACCCAUAAUAUCGUCCUUUGCUUCGGCUCAAAGAGAAUUGAUAUUUACUCACUGGUCACGUAAGAAAUUCCCCUGGAAAGCAAGUAAAAGCUAUAUAAGAAAGAGACAAAGGAAUUGGAUUUGUACAUGGUCAUGAAGAGACAAGUGCCACGUCAUCGGAGCUACCAAUAUAUAUAACAAAUCUUGGAACCAUAUGCUGCAGCUGCAGUCUCAUGGUGUGGUGUUCGAUCUUCUUAUCUUACAUACGUUUGUUCGUAUCUAUCACACACUGAAUGGCUUUCAUCAAUUUUCAUUGUUCUUCCAUUUCCCUGCGCACAUUUUCCAAAAGGCAGUGUCCUGUAAUUGGCGUGCCCCCACUCAAUUCAAACGGGUAUAAAUCUGAUUUCAUGUGGGCUAGUCCCAUUAGAAAAGUGAAAUUUAGUUUUAAGGUUGAUAGCGUGAGGGCUUUAGUAUCUGGAGAAGGAGAUCUGCUAUCUCAUCCUAACAAUAACAGUCCAAGACAAGAUGUCAUAAUUGACAGCUUGGUAGAAGAACCAGAUAGAAUUAGAGAGAAACUGGACACAUUUUCUUUUGGAAGAGUCUCUCCAGAGAUAAAUCCUACAAUCAAUGGCUUCUUUGCUGAUACAAAUGAACAUGAUCUGGAUUGUCCUACACAAGGGUUUUCUUCUAUCCCAGAGGCCAUUGAAGAUAUUCGUCAGGGAAAGUUAGUUAUUGCCGUAGAUGAUGAAGAUAGAGAAAACGAGGGGGAUCUAAUAAUGGCAGCAUCAAUGGUAACGCCAGAAGCAAUUGCAUUUAUUGUCAAGUAUGGAACUGGGAUAGUGUGUGUAAGCAUGAAAGAAGAAGAUUUAGAGAGGUUGCAACUCCCAUUGAUGGUGACACAGGAGAAUAAUGGAGAAAACCUUUGCACUGCAUUCACAGUGACAGUGGAUGCAAAGCAAGGCACUACAACAGGAGUGUCUGCUCAAGAUAGAGCAACAACAAUCCUCAAACUUGCAUCAAGAAGUUCGAGGCCUGAUGAUUUCAAUCGCCCAGGUCAUAUAUUUCCCCUCAAGUAUAGAGAAGGAGGGGUUCUUAAAAGACCUGGACACACAGAAGCUUCACUUGAUCUUGCUUUGUUGGCUGGCCUGGAACCUGCUGCAGUUUUAUGUGAGAUAGUAGAUGAUGAUGGUUCAAUGGCCAGGUUACCAAAGCUUCGACAAAUUGCAAUGCAAGAAAACUUCAAAAUCAUAUCCAUUGCUGAUUUAAUAAGAUACAGAAGAAAGAGAGAGAAGUUUGUAGAGUGUGCUUCAGCUGCACUGAUACCCACCAUGUGGGGACAUUUCAAAGCUUAUUGUUAUCGGUCAUGUCUGGAUGGGAUUGAGCAUAUUGCGAUGGUUAAAGGUGAGAUAGGUGAUGGGCAUGACGUACUUGUGAGAGUACAUUCAGAAUGUGUGGUUGGUGACAUUUUUGGGGCAACAACGUGUGAAUGUGGAAAUCAGUUAGCAGUUGCAUUGAAGCAAAUUGAAGUAGAAGGCAGGGGUGUCUUACUGUAUCUCCGAGGACAUGAAGGUAGAGGUAUCGGCUUAGGCCACAUGGUCCCUUCUUAUCACUUGGAAGAUGACAAGUACGAGGGUGUUUCUAGUGAGUACGGUAUUGAAGCACAGAUACUACGAGAUCUAGGGAUUCAUACAAUAAGGUUAAUGAUAAAAUAUCCUGCUGAGUACGAUGGGCACAAAGGUUAUGGCUUAACAAUUGCUGGAAAAGUUCCUCUUUUGACGCCACUAACUGGACACGUUUGAUUGGUAUGGAUUUCAACAAUCAUAUGAAUACAGCGUUACGAGUUAUGACCAAAAAAAAUGAAAUAAUGGUCAAUUGCUCUCUGAGGAUGGUAUAUAUAUCUCGUAUGAGUAGUUCAAUUUUAGGUAAAUUUUUUACAGAAAAUAUAACAAACAUCUUAUCAACAGAAAAUGUUGCUGUUAUUUGAUUACGGCUAUGACAUGCAAACUUGUUUAUAUGUUU